AUGGGCACAGUUUGUGAACUCGUACAAUUGCCCGAUGGUAGUAAAUGCGGGGAAUGGACGAUUAUUAAGAAGUUGGGAGAAGGAGCAUUUGGAGCUGUGUAUUUGGUGAAAGGAAAAGAGAAGGAUGUGAAUUAUGCGUUGAAAGUUGAAGCCGAUACUGAUCCACUUGGUCUUUUGAGAAUGGAAGUUUUCGUUUUGAUGGAAUUGAAGAAACAGAAAUAUGAGGGUAGACAUUUUUUGGAAAUGGUUGAUAAAGGUGCCGUUGUUGGAAAAUUCAAUUAUAUGGUUAUGACUUUGGUUGGAAAAAGUUUACAGGUACAAAAAUUGUUUAACAACCUAGGACUUCCAGCAGAUUCACUGCGAAAAUCAAAGAAAAAACCCGUAUUUUUCCCUUGUUAAAAAUUCAAUUAUCUAAAAUUACAGGAUCUCAGAAAGGACGCGCCAUUCAAAAAGUUUUCAAUGGGAACUGCAAUCUCAAUUGCUAGACAAUCACUCGAAGCUGUUGAAGAUCUUCAUAAUCUUGGAAUUCUACACAGAGACAUCAAACCGGGAAAUUAUACGAUUGGAAGAAAAGAGAUGCACGAGUUGAGAAAAGUAUACAUGUUGGAUUUUGGAAUGGCAAGAAAAUUUGCGAGAGAAGAUGGAACUUUGAGAAAUCCGAGAGCUAGAGCUGGUUUUAGAGGAACUGUUAAAUAUGCGCCACUUGCUUGUCAUAUUCAAAGAGAACAGUGCAGGUAAAUAAUUAAAAAUAUAUAUUUAUGAGUCAUUUUCAAUUCAAUUUUUCAGAAAAGACGACAUUGAAUCGUGGUUGUACAUGGUUGUCGAAAUGACUUGUGGCCGACUUCCAUGGAGAAAUUUAACUGAAACCGAAGAAGUCGGAAUGUUCAAAAAAGAUUGUAAAACAGCUCGUCCGAGAUGUUUGUUUGGUGGCUGUCCAAGAGAAUAUACUGAAAUCUUUCCAAUUUUGGAUAAAGGAAAAUUCUUCGAUGCUCCCGAUUAUCCGGCAAUUUAUGAGUUAUUGGAAAAGGCAAUGAUUAAUACAAGAAGUAACGAAUUCCCUUACGAUUGGGAAUAG